GUUUCCUAUAUGAAUGAUUAGCGGACAUGUUUCUGCUUUUGCCUUAGCAGGUGGAGCAUCAUGUGGACCUGAGAAGAGAAGCAAUUCUGCUUCUGUUCUAUUUGUUUAUCGAAGAAGUGACUGUGAAAGUUUGCCUUCUAUGAUUUUUCGAAGCUGGGGGAUGUUUCUUUGGUUGUUUUAAUCCCUCUGCGGUGUUUUAUUUGUAAUAGGUUGAGUGAGCACGUGAAGGAAAAUGGACGAUGGAGCCAAACAACCACACCCAUUUGGAGGUGCACAACAGAGAACCCACCACCCUAGACCUUUUUUCUACGUCCAGCCACCAUCUCAACCUUACUACCUCUACCAGCAAUGGCAGAUGAACAAUCCAUACAGUCAGUAUGGUUUGCCUGGAGGUUUUAACUUUAACCGUCCCUGCAUGAACCCGUACCAGUACAUGCAGUAUCCUGGGUACGCUUUCCCACAUGCUCCUGUUUAUCCGAUGGAUUACAGGCGCAUGUAUGAGCCUCGCUUCCACGCUCCUCCAACCUGGAACGACAUGCCCCGCCAGCAGCAUCACCUGCAGCCUCAGGGGCGUCGAGAGAUGGCGUGUUCGGAGGCUCAAACAGACCCGAGCGACGCCAUCAGCAAACUCAUCGAGUGCCUAGAUAAAAUUCGAGCCAAAGAGCUGCAGGGCGCGGAGAGGGAGCUCGACUCGGGUGUUGCCUCGCAGUCCUCUGGGAUGUUUUCUCCUGCAGAAGAGAAGAAAAGUGAAGAGCAGGGUCUCGUACUACCUUCAGCAGCUAAUAGGAGCCACCUGGAGUCCCCAGCUGUGACUUCUAGUGACUCCACAACCGCGGUAUACGACGGAGAGUCCAGCCAGAGGAGCUUGGAUGUCCUGAGUCCUCACGGAUGCUGGUCCGGAGGUCUGGAAGAGCCUCUUGAUAGCUCCUCUGUGCAUGAGGAGAGUCCUGAGCUUGAGCAGCCUGACGAGCAUUUCCACCCUCUAGAGAAAGAUGAGGUCACGGAUAUCCAGACAGAUAUCUUGUUGACCGAUCCGAGUGGCGAGAAAUGUGACGCAGAAAAGCUCAAGAAGCCUACGGUGGUUGCUAACCUGCCUUCUAAACCAUUGAUGCCGUCUCCUUCCGCUUCCAAAGAGUCCAGAAGUGGUGAGAAAUCCUCAAAAACAGAACACAAGAAAGCAGAUCCAAACUACCAGAUCCUCAAGCUUCCUUUUGAAAGUGUUCUGACGUCGGGAGAUGCUGCAGCUGGCAGUCUUCCCUCCCCUGCCACCCCCUACUACUACAACUACCUCUCCAUGCACAGCACCCAUGAGCGCAUGAGCGUCCUCAGUCCCUCUCUGGACGAGCUCUCCUCCAGGGACGAGAUGUUCUCCACAGAUUUAGACGAUGCAGAACUCUUCCCCAAACACGUGUAUGCAGGCAGGAGGUUUGCAGAGGUGGUCACUAGGUCUCCACCAGAUGCUGAGAACGUAGAAGAAGUGUGGCUGCCGGGUUCAAAGAGAUUCAUGUGUGCCUGUUGUGGCAAAAAUGUAGCUAAAGGUGUGAGUAAAAGCAAAGUGCACAGCCCAAAGAUGUACAGGGAUGAAGCAGGAGACUCUGAGGAGGAAGGCAGGUAUGGGAGAGGGUGUGAGCAGCCGGUCAGAGUGGUCGUGAGGAAGCACACAGCACCCAGGAAGACCCAUUCUGUCCCACCGAGACACGCUGCAAAAUCCUGGUACAAAAGAGGCCAGUACAAAGAUCCAUCAGAUGAAAUCAACCAGGAGGAAGGCCAUGAGGUGUGCACGCAGGACGCAGUUGACGGGGAGGGCGGGGAGACAGCUUUUAGCGAGACGCAGUGCAGAACAUGCCAGGACAGACUCUGCGGAGUAGACCUGAGCACGUCAGAGCAGUGCAGGAAGGGAGACGGUGACGGGAUUCCCAGGAGGAGACAAACAAACCUGAUGCAACGACAAGAGAUGAGUGCUCAGAGGAAAGUGAUGUACCAAAGGUCACGGGAUGAGGACAAUGAUGACGAUGAGCUACCACCUCCACACUGGGAGAGAGGCUCUACAAUGAGAGGAGAACCAAGAUGUUGAAGUCCCAGGAUUGACUUCUAAACAGUAUUUUGAACUGUCCCCCUAAAGGCAUAUUUGUUCCGGGAUAAUGUGUUUGGAAGUAUUUAGAGCACCAGGUGAAAUGCACUGCACAGAAAGCCUCUUUAUGUUCAGAUAAAAGUAAAAAUAUAUGUAAAUGUAUAAAGUUCCUGCAGUGACUCUGCUGUGCACUAUAGAUGAUUUAUGAAUUUCACAAAGAGAAGAAAUGGGCUGAAGGUUGUGUUGAAGACGAGGGUGUGCCACUGUGUGGGGCCAGUCCAAUAAAAUGUCAAUAUUUAA